CUCUUUCAUCUCAAGCAUAGGCUCAUAGCCCACAGCAACGAUGGGAAAGCGAAAGUCGUCCAAGAAGCCUAUGGUCAGGAAGCAGAACGAGCCGUUGUCGACGACGUUCAAAUGCUUGUUCUGCCACCACGAGAAGUCGGUCAUGGCCAAGAUUGACAGGCAAGCCAUGUUCGGUCAUCUGAGCUGCAAGGCCUGCGGCCAGAAGUUCUCCACGCCGAUCAACAACCUCUCUGCCGCCGUCGACGUGUACUGCGACUGGGUCGACGCGUGUGAGGAGCUCCGCGUCAAGCAGCCGCCCAAGAAGGCCAAGGCGGCCCCGCGCUCUCGGACACCACCGCCAGCAUCGGCGCUGGCAGACGACGAUGACGAUGACGACAUUGACCACCUCGCCAGCGCGCGCCGCGAUAAGGAGAGCAAGCGCAAGUCGGCGCGCAGCGCGUACGACGACGACGAUGAGGACGACGACGUUGACGACGACCGCGCGCGCAAGGUCGCCCGGCGAGCGUAUGAUGACGACGAUGACGAUGAUGAAGACUAGUGGUUGUGAUGGGAGGGGGAGGCGGUUGUCCCAUCAGUGUCGGCGUGGUGGUGGCACCGAGCCAAUGUUCAGCUGUGCACAGACAGCACAAUGUAUUAUGCAUGGUAUCAUAGC